CCGCGGCCCGCCCUCGGCGGUCCCGUGAUGGCGGAGGCGGGGCUGGGCGGUCGCUUGGCCGGCGCCCCGCUGGCUGCCGCAGCCGUAGUGCUAUGGGCAGAGCCAUGGGGCUAGCUGGGCUCCUCGUGGGGCUGUUCCUCGUCUCCGCCGUGCUCGUGGGCACCAGCCUUCGCCAUGGCGUCCCGCGCGCCGAGCCCGAGCUGGACCUGGCCGAGUGGGACCCGGCCUCGGGCGCCUUCCCCGAGGACUCGCCGUGGCCGCUGCCGCAGUCGCUCCGCACGUUCCCCCGCCAGCUCCAGCUGGCCCCGGACCGGUUCCAGAUAGUGCACGGGGCCGGCUCCUCGGCGGGGCCGGCCUGCCAGCUCCUGCAGGACGCCUUCCGCAGGUAUUACGAGUACAUGUUCGGGUACUCCCGGUGGCGACAGCGCGGUCGGAAAGGGCUCGCUGCCAAGCCGGAGUUAGCGCAGCUGCAGGUGGUGAUCGCGUCCCCGGAGCCCGGCUGCGACGGCUACCCGCAGCUGGCGUCCAGCGAGGCCUAUCAUUUAACCAUAACUGAGCCUGUGGCUGUACUGAAAGCAGAUGAGGUUUGGGGUGCUUUAAGAGGUUUGGAAACCUUCAGCCAGUUGGUUCAUGAAGAUGAUUAUGGAAGUUUUCUUGUCAAUGCAUCUGAAAUCUACGACUUCCCAAGAUUUGCUCAUAGAGGAAUUUUGCUUGAUACUUCAAGGCAUUAUUUACCAUUGAAAUCUAUUCUUACAAACCUGGAUGCAAUGUCUUUUAAUAAGUUCAAUGUUCUCCACUGGCAUAUAGUAGAUGAUCAGUCGUUCCCUUACCAGAGUAUUUAUUUCCCUGAGUUGAGUAACAAGGGAGCAUACUCCUAUAACCACAUCUAUACUCCUACUGACGUCCAUCUGGUGAUUGAGUAUGCCCGGUUAAGAGGCAUUAGAGUUAUCCCAGAGUUUGAUACCCCAGGACACACACAGUCUUGGGGACAAGGUCAAAAAGAUCUCCUCACCCCUUGUUACAGUGGAAAGCAGCCAAGUGGGUCCUUUGGACCUGUAAAUCCCAUUUUGAAUACAACUUAUGACUUCAUGACUAAAUUCUUCGAAGAAAUCAGCAGCGUAUUUCCUGAUGACUACAUUCACCUGGGAGGAGAUGAAGUGAGCUUCGAUUGUUGGCAAUCUAACCCUAAAGUGAACGAGUUCAUGAAGAAGCAAGGAUUUGGCAUUGACUAUGCUAAACUGGAAUCUUACUAUAUUCAGAAGAUUUUGGACAUUGUUUCCUCCUAUAACAAGGGAUACAUGAUCUGGCAAGAAGUGUUUGAUAAUAAAGCACAGCUAAAACCGGACACUGUAAUUGAGGUGUGGAUGGCAAACAACUAUGUUCAAGAACUGAGCAGAGUCACAGGAGCAGGCUUCACUGCUAUCCUUGCAGCUCCCUGGUACUUAGACUACAUAAGUUAUGGGCAGGACUGGAAGAAAUACUACAGUGUUGAACCACUUAACUUCCCUGGAUCUGAAAAGCAGAAAAAGCUUGUAAUAGGUGGAGAAGCCUGCCUGUGGGGGGAAUUUGUGGAUGCAACCAACCUCACACCAAGAUUAUGGCCUCGUGCAAGUGCUGUAGGGGAAAGACUCUGGAGCAGCAGGAAUGUGACUGACUUAAAGGAUGCUUAUAAAAGGCUAUCUAAUCAUCGAUGCCGCAUGCUCAGCCGUGGAAUAGCAGCUGAACCUGUGUUUGUCGGAUACUGUGCUCAUGAAGCAAGAGGGCGGUAACUGCUACAAGGACUUCUACUAAACAACCUGAAGUGCCUCUGAGGUGGGACUGAGUGUAUGUGUGGUUUGAUACUUAAACAGAGAUCUAAAAUUUUCAAUUUUAAAAUAAAGUUAUGUUAAUUUGACAA